AUGGUCGACGGCGGGGACAGGGCCGUCCUCGAUGAAGUGCACGCAGCCCCCGUGAUGAAGAAGCCCGCGCGAACCCGACGCCCAUCGGAGUUCUGCGCCGGCUGGCGGCAGCCCCAGCCCGACACCGGCGCUGCGGAGCAGCAGGAAUGCAUUUUCUCGAUGACCAUCAGUGGCACCAAGGCGCUUCGCCAGCACGGAAAAACAAUGUGCUUCUGCUGCAACGUCGAGGAGCUGCCAGACAAGAUCAAGCAGAAGAAAGGCAAAAAACACGCUACGCGUAAUCUGAAGGCUCUCUAUCAGUUCGAGGACAAGACCGCGUACAACCUCUUCAAGGUGAGGCUGAAGACGGCUGGGAUGGAUCCCAAGGGCGAAGAAGGGGCGAAUCCGAAGCGCGGCCGCAAGCCCGCCGAGAAGAAAGUGGCGGACUGGGCCGAGGCCAAGGCGAAGCGGCAGACCACCCAGGAGCCGCCCGACCGCAAGCAGAAGCGCAAGUUCCGCCAGGAGGUGCUCGAGGACCAGCGGGCACGUGCAUCUGGGGCAGAGCUGGACGCGCCCGUGGACAACGGCACUGGACUGCCGCCUGCGGAGUUCUCCGACUACUCCAAGGCCUUGGAGGCCUGGUGCCUCCGCGGCUCCUGGGGCAUGUGCCCGAAGUGCCAGGCGAUGCAGCCGCGCGAGUUCUACGAGGCGGACCUCAGGCGCGAGCGCAAGCCCGAGCUGGCGAAGUCGCAAUGCAAGCUCUGCAACGCGAAGCGCAAGCACUACGUUCCGAAACCCGAGGACGUCCCGAAGCCGCUGCAAGACCUCACGCCCGAGAUCAUCAGCGCGCUGAGCCUGUUGGACGUGGACGUCGGCGACGAGGUCCGCUCCCGCGACGCCAACGGGAAGCCGAAUGGCUAUCGGAAGAAGGUCAAGAUGAUCCGAUUCUCCUGGGGCGAGAAGUCGCCCAAGAAGAAGUUGCGCAAACUGCCGCACGCAGACAAGGAGAAGGCCAAUGCUGCGUACAAGCAUCUCAUGGAGUGCACGUGGGCACGCCCGGUUCUUCAGGUCCUGGCGGAUGCUCUCUUCUGUUUCCCCAGCGCGGAGCUUGCGCAGGAUCUCGGAUUGGAAGAACUUCGGCGGCAUGGCAGCGCGACGGCUGAUGGCGGGGCGAGGUCAGCACGCUGCGGCUCGACGUGCUAG